GACAUCACUACUCCUGCACCACCACCACCACCAGCAUUUUGGAGCACUCGAGCACUCGAGCACUCGAGCACUCGCCAGCAUUGCGAGCGACCGAUCAUCAAUCUCGCGUCUCUCGAUUUCACCUGCGGGCGCACCCGUUGGCUCGCUGCGCAUUCCCUCCGACCAACGCCAAACAUCGCCCCCGCCCCAACCUAACCCUCGCACCUCUCGUAAUUACCGCCGACCACAAGAACAAUCAAACAAAACAUCCAUCGCGACUCGAUCGCAUGCUACAUCAAGAUGUCUGCUGAGACAAUGGUGGCAGGCCCAGCGCCGGGUCCUGCGGUGGAGGUGAAUGGACUGCACUCUCCUCCUGAUUCCAACACCAAAGAUGCUAGCGACAGCGAGCUUUCCGACCUCGAGGAGGAACAGCCUGAGCAGCCGGCACAACCAACGGACGAGGACGACAUUGGCGAAAUAGUACCUGCAUACUAUUCCAAUGAUGGCGUACCUGUCUUUGAACCUACCAUGCAUCAAUUCAAAGACUUUACCAUAUAUGUACGUUCGCCUGCAGCAGCCUCCAACAUGUGCUGGACAUCUUGAAUUGACCAUGAUAUAGAUGAAUAAGGUUAAUCCCUACGGUAUGAGGUCGGGUAUCGUCAAAGUUAUCCCUCCCGCUGAAUGGAAAGCCGCCCAACCUCGACUCGAUGAAGCUGUGAGGACAAUCAAGGUCAAGGAGCCAAUCAAGCAGGAUAUUAUGGGUACAGGCGGCACUUAUCGACAAGCCAACAUGAUACACCAGCGAUCUUAUAACCUUCCACAAUGGCGCCAAUUGUGCGAGCAAAGCGACCAUCAACCACCCGCGAAAAGAGGAGAAAGAAGAGCAAACCAAGACAAACCCGUUACCCGCUCGACUCCUAGAACAAAACCGUCGAGCAACGGAAAUGGCUCAGCUCCAGCAGGCAAACGUGGUCGCGGACGUCCAUCAAAAUCAGCGGCCGCCCGUGCAGUGACCGUCGAGACUGAUGAUGCUGGCCAAAGCACACCCGAUCGACUACCAACACCGGUUUCGCCCUCUGCUAAACCAGAUGACAAUACCGAAGCCGUCAAGUUGGAACCAGAUGAUGAUAUAGAAACUCCCGAAAAGCCACGCUUGGGUUCUCGACAGGCAAAGCCAACGACAGUCUCUGUCUCAUCUCGACGCAAGAAUAAUCGUAGAGAGAGAGAAGGAAAGAUUGAUGAGGCAGCAUUUAAAGACUUCAAAUACGAAUUGGAAGGCAACGAGUUUACCCCAGAGCGAUGCGAAGAACUUGAGCGAGCUUACUGGAAAACUCUAACAUACGCUCCACCAUUGUACGGCGCAGAUAUGCCUGGAACUCUCUUUGAUGACAAAACCACGAGUUGGAAUCUAGGUAAGCUAGAUAACAUACUCGAUGUUAUGGGCUCUAAGAUUCCUGGUGUAAACACCGCAUAUCUCUACUUGGGAAUGUGGAAGGCCACUUUCGCAUGGCAUCUGGAGGACGUGGAUCUCUACAGUAUCAACUAUGUGCACUUUGGUGCACCAAAGCAAUGGUAUGCCAUUGCCCAGGGAGAUGCGCGAAGAUUCGAGGCCGCGAUGAAGACUAUUUGGCCAACGGAUGCCAAAGCCUGCGACCAGUUUCUACGACACAAGACCUUUUUGAUCUCACCAUCGGCUCUUUUACAAAAUUACAAUAUUAAGGUCAACAAGAUUGUAGCUUAUCCUGGCGAGUUUGUCAUUACAUUUCCAUAUGGUUACCACUCAGGUUACAAUCUUGGCUACAAUUGUGCUGAGGCUGUUAACUUUGGACUGGAGUCAUGGCUCGAGUAUGGUCGUGUAGCGAAGAAAUGUGAUUGCGACCAAGCACAGGAUAGUGUCUGGAUCAACGUGCACGAACUUGAACGCAAGCUGAGAGGCGAAGAAACCGAAUAUGAAGAAACCGACGAGGAAGAAGAAGAUGAGGAAGAAGAGAACGAAAACGAUAAUUCUACUCUCGCCACUCCGCCAUUAAGCACUGGUGGGCUAAAGACUAAAUCAGAGAAAAAGAAGAGAAAGCGAGCCACAAACGAGAAGGGUGGCGACAGCAACAUUAAGAGGGUUAAAAUCCGAAUCAAGGCAACAACACAUGAACCAUGUGUACUCUGUCCAAACGAUAUACCAUCUGAGGCAUUGUUGCCCACCGAAGAUGGCCAGCACGCUCAUCAAAUCUGUGCUCAGUACAUUCCAGAGACUUCUAUCGACGAAGGAAAGGCCAUGGACAUCAAAUAUAUUGCCAAAGGAAGACUCGAAUUGAAGUGUAAUUAUUGCCGCUCCAAGAAAGGGGCCUGCUUUCAAUGUUCACGAAAGAAAUGUACCAGAGCCUACCAUGCAACUUGUGCAGCCGCAGCUGGUGUUCUCGUUGAACAGGGUGAGAUACCAGUAUUUGGUGAGGAUGGCACUGAGUAUAAGGAGUGGGGUAUCGAGUUCAGUUGUCGUUUCCACCGUGUCAAGCGAGAAAAGAAGCUUGACAGCGAUACUCUAUCGGAUUGUGAGCGUUUGCGAAAGGCAGGUACCGAAAUCAAGGUUGGCGAAGUAUGCCAGGCGCAGUACUUGAAGGGUGACAUUUUUGCUGGAGUGGUUGUUGAGAACUGCAAAGACGAGGAAGUUAUUCUACUCGAUAUUCUUCCACGAGGGUAAAUUCUGGAAAUCACACCGCAUUUUCUUUGCUAACGUAUAUCAGUGACCGCGUCGAAGUUGAGUACAAGUGGCUUCUCAUACCAGAUCCUGCGGACUAUCAUCUUCCUAAACCUUCACCCAACGCUCUCCCGAUGCCGAAAUCACGUAAGGAUAAAGCGUCUCUCAACACGAGUAAACGCCAGGCAGAUGAUAUUCCGAGAGCGGAAGACCCAUUUGUUGAAGGUCAUACAUGGGCUGAAUUCAACCACGAAAAGAUCAAUCUCAAUCCCUACCAAGUCAAAAUUGACUUUACCAAGGAAACCCAGAUCUGGUUCUAUCUCGGCAAGACAUCGACCGAAGCUAGAGCACAGUACACCGAAGAUCCACGCAUACCCCGUCACAACACGAAGGGCAACUUCUUGGAUACCAUACCAAAGCCGGUCAUCGCGGCACCGAGACAAUCUUACGCUGCUUCAUAUCCGUCGAAUGCCAAAAACAGUACACCAACUCCUAUCAGACCACCCGCCAAAGUACUACCUGCAAAGACUGAUCGACUGGAAAAGCCAUACGUAUACAAGCCUCGCGAACAGCCUCGUCAUGAGACUUAUGGUGUGGAUGCACAAGCUUACCGUGCCCAGAAGGACUUUCUCCAACGUUCUGUACCCCAAUACAGCUUUGGUACAGAUCCUCGAUGGGCCUCAUCUACCCAGCCAUCUAAACAAUCAUCUUCACCAACACCCUUCAAAGCCAAUGCAAACUCUACCGGUCAUCUACCUCAGAUCUCUCAAGUUUCUGUUGCACCCCCUCAAUAUCGAAAUACGCAGAGUUCAAUGACGCCAAACCUGUACUCUUCAACAGCUCAGUAUGCCACCGCGGCUAGCUAUAAUUCUGCCCAAGCCACCUCUGCAGUGCAGCAUAGACCUGACUCCCAGCAUGGUGCUGCGGUUCAGUAUUCACCAACGCCCAAGCAAAGUCCUGUUGUACAACAGCAAGCAUCUAAGGUUCACUCUACUGCGCCAACACAGUAUCGAUCUACGCCUCCCAUGGCAACGUCGAAGCCAAAUAAUCCAUUUGGAAAUAGACCGCAGCCCCAGAGACCCAGUAACGUCUUUCAAAAGUACUACUAUCUACAAAAGGAGCACAAUAGAUCCCCGUCGGAUUACAAGAGCCCAUACAGACCUGGCGGUGGCUUCAUGAAUGGUUACCAAGGUGACCUUAUGGAAUACACGAAGGCGACUUUGUUUACUGGAAACCGUCCUGGCGUAAGCACUUCACAAUCAAACGCCACGCCAUCAUAUAACAUGUCAUCUUCAUACAACGGCACUUCCCAUAAACCGAGCCCUUCACUCAACUCCUCGCAAUCACCUUCGCUGGACUCUUAUGGCGCUUCUCCCGCAACUCCUUACUCUGCGUCUCCUUCAGUUAAGCCCCCGAUGGACAAUUCUGGUGCCUCAGUUAUUCCGCCCAAGACAUGGGAGAAGAAGAAGGAUUCAAGCCAAUUACAUCCUGCUAUUCGGCGAGAGUUCCUCCAUACCAUUCUCAAUAAGCAAACCAACCCUCUGCCCCAGCCUUCGCCUACUCAAUCCCGAAGUUCUGUCCUUCAGCCACCACCUUUAUACGAACGGCCACCAUAUCCAUCGACUUCUUAUGCGAGCCAGACAUAUACUGCUCCACACAAUGGUUAUGCCGCGCCCUCGACCCCGCAAAACCAAGUGGUCCCGCAGCCUACGUACAAUAAGCCUGUGUCUCUCUCGGCAUCGCACCCACAGCAGUACAGUAGACCUGUAGCUGAGGCCUCGCAGAAUCACCAAUCUCCUCAGGUUUCAUAUGCGCCCUCGUUUGAUUAUUCCGGCAAAGCUCAAGGGGUAACGUCAACAGCUGCAGUCCCAGUAGCGGAACAUCCAAGACAACAAUCUUCAGCAGGCUACCAUAACCCAUCGACUUCUUAUCAGACCUCCUCUCAGCCACAGGCUAGCUUUUCGAUGCAUCAGAGCGCUACGGCAAAACCGCAAGCUACACAAUCUCCAUCGGCAUACACCACAGCACCCGCCUCAAAUCCGCCCUACGGACAUGCACAACACACUACCGGCAUCUCAACAAAUCACCCGCAGCCUAGCUAUUCGCAGGCCAAUUACGCAGCUACAUCGAGUAAUUAUGAAAGAAAUACUACAUCUCAGAUGCAGGCGUCACCAGUCAUUCCACCGCUUCUCUCCAACUUCCGGCAAUCACUUCCAAAUACUAAUUCUUCUUUAUUUCAACCAGCCAUGAAGAAUACCCAGGCAGGUUCCUUUCAUCCACCCGCACCUUCUCACACUACCCCGAUUCUUCCCCCGCCCCGUCAAUAUCAAAUCCAACGGCAAUCAGAGGUUCAGAAGUCAACCUACCAGCAUCAGCAAAGCUUUCAACGACCUGAUACGCAGAUGACAUCCUCUGAGCAGCACCUCAAUGCUCAGCCAGCUUGUGAGCCGGCAGAUGUACCCCCAGACUCGUGCUCGAUCGUGGAAAAAAUGUUGCGGGAUCUAAAAAAGGCUCGCGCUGAUUCGAGUUGA